AAAGAGAGGAAGAGAGAGAAAUGUGUACUCUAGAAAUAUGCAUCGCGAUAAGGACUUGUGUCAAAGAGCUUUUUUGUAGUAAGUAAUUACUUCGCUUCAUUACCCUUCUGGCCCCCUCCCUCUCUCUCCUUCUCUACCAUUCUCAAUUUCUGCCUUGAUUCUGAACAAAACUGUUCGACUUUUACUUCCUCUCUCCAAGCUCAUUUCAAUCCUCUUCCUUCUUCUGGCUUUUGAGAGAGAGAGAGAGAGAGAGAGAGAGAGAGUUGAAAAGCGUUCGACUUUUAACCCACCCUUCAUUACUCUUGAGUUAUUACUCGCUUUUAGACUUGUUAUUUCUUCGAAAGAGAGAGAAGGAGGGUUGCCUUUCAACUUCAAACUCGUGCGGUGUGCUUUCAGAACUGGGUUUUAGUUCUUUGGUGGCAUUGACUCCAAAUUUUGGUUUGAAUUUGUGUUGGUCUUCGAGGCUUGCUGUUGGCUUAUAAGAUGCUUGGUGUUUAAGGUUUAUGAGUGAUGGGUUGGUGAGAUUGUGGACCUGUUUCAGUUGUUUAUCUUCGAUAUCAAGUCUUUCUUCUUGUUUCUUGUGAUUUUGGUUUGGUAAGCUGUAAAAAUAGCUUGCAUUUUUGUCUUUUCCUUUAACUUCCUAGCUCUUUAGAUUUCUCCUCUUUUAUUUCUAUUGCUUCCUUACGAUUCCUGAAUUUUUCUUUGAUUCUGUUGCAUCUGUUUAUCUUUCUAAUUUGUAUACUUCUUUUCAAAUCUAAUUAGUUUUAGUAUUUUACUGACAGUUUAGCUUUAACUUUGAAGUUUCUUCGAAUCUAGGAGUUGUUUCCUCUUUUUUUAUUUUUUAUUUUUUUUUAUUUUCAUAUCUCUAGACUUCAAAAUCCUCUCGCGCUACUUUGACUGUGAUCUUGAGGGUCCUCUUGUGCCCCAUUCUUGAACAAUGUGUCUUUUUGAGCUUUGCUUGGCUUCUUGAAGCACAUUUUUCAUCUUUAGAAUGUGAAACUUAUAUGUGUUUUUCACGCCUUUCAUAUUCGUUCAAGAUUUUGAUUCAUAUAUCCUUAGAAAAGAAUCCUUCUUUAUUGUGAAAAGAGGGUCUAAGAGUAACAUUGUUUUAAAUUCGUGCAUUUUGGUGGAGUUCGACACUGAACCGAACUGUAAAGAAGAUAGGAAAAUCUAAAUAUUGCAAUUUGUUGAAAAUCGGGUCCAAAUUUGCUUAAGAGACACUGUUGAGUAUAGUAAAUGCAUGGAUCGAAGGGAUGCUAUGGCGAUAUCUGGCUCUGCGUCAUUCUACAUGCAAAGAGGGAUGCCUGGUUCUGGAACACAGUCUGGUUUAAGUGUAUCGUCAGGCAUCAAUCCUUUAACUAAUACAAAUGUAUCAUUUCAAUCUAAUGUUGGAGCCAAUACAAUUGGAUCUACAUUACCAAUAGAAACUUCAACAGCCAUCCCAACUCAUGGUGUUAAUAUGGGUGCACCAUCUGGGAUGCCACCGCCUGGUGAGCAUGUGAAAAGGAAAAGGGGAAGGCCAAGAAAAUAUGGACCGGAUGGGACUGUAUCACUGGCAUUAUCUCCCUCAUUGUCUACUCAUCCUGGUACAAUAAUCCCAACCCAGAAACGGGGUCGAGGGCGGCCACCUGGGACUGGGAGGAAACAACAAUUAGCUUCGCUUGGUGAAUGGCUGUCUGGUUCAGCUGGGAUGGGUUUUACUCCACAUAUCAUCACUAUUGCAGUAGGAGAAGACAUUGCAACGAAAAUAAUGUCAUUCUCACAGCAAGGGCCAAGAGCUAUAUGCAUCUUGUCAGCAAAUGGUGCUGUCUCUACUGUGACUCUUCGUCAGCCAUCAACUUCUGGAGGCACCGUUACUUAUGAGGGGCGCUUUGAGAUAUUGUGCUUAUCGGGGUCUUACUUGGUCACUAGCAAUGGUGGCUCCCGUAAUCGAACUGGUGGUUUGAGUGUCUCUCUUGCUAGUCCUGAUGGUCGUGUUAUUGGCGGAGGCGUAGGAGGGGUGCUCAUUGCAGCAAGCCCUGUUCAGGUGAUAGUAGGAAGUUUCAUAUGGGGUGGUUCAAAGACAAAGAAUAAGAAAGGAGAAGGUCCAGAUGGUGCCAGAGACCUGGAUCAUCAGACGGUUGAGAAUCCAAUAACUCCAACUAGUGUUCAACCCAGCCAGAACCUUCCUCCAACAUCUUCAGUGGGUUUAUGGCCUGGUUCACAGUCUAUGGAUAUGCGCAACACGCAUGUAGACAUUGACUUGAUGCGCGGAUGAUAAAUUUUCUAUUAAUUGUUUCAAGGGCAAUGUAUAUAUAUUCCACUGUAUCAGCACCACUUUGAAUCUCAUCUUCUGAAGUCCAGUGAUGAAGAUCGAAGUCAGCUGAUUAUGAGCGGAAGGCAUUUAACCUUUAACAGACCAUGGAUUGUACUCAUUUUGCAGCUUAAUGACAACUAGUUAGAUAUUUCAAUUCUCGUGAAUUUAACUCGAUGAUCAGUUCUUGAGAGAAAGAUAUUCAAUGUUGAUUUGAAAUUAUUAGUAGGCAGUAUUAUUGUUUACA